UGGGGACCUGUAAUCAAUUGGGGUCUGCCCAUAGUCGCUGUGACGGAUAUGAGGAAGAGCCCUGAAAUAAUCAGUGGUCGAAUGACCUUCGCUCUUACCUGUUACUCACUCAUUUUUAUGAGGUUCUCAUAUCGAGUUCAGCCGAGAAACUGGCUACUCUUCAAUUGUCAUGUCACCAAUGCGACGGCGCAGAUGAUUCAGGGUGGCCGGCCAGCUCAUCCGACACAAGCAGGUCCCCACCAGGCUCCCUCUAGAACAUUUAAAUCUUCACCCCUCAUCUGUUGAUUAAUGCCAUAUUACUGCUCGACAUAGCAUUUGCAGCCGGCA